ACAUCGCCUACAAGCGUGUCGGGGAUUUCUAUUGGAAAAGCAGUUUCGGACUAUCUUCAUCCUGUCUUUGAUUAUAUAUCAGUGGUGGAGAUGGAAUGAGGGGAAAUGAAGGAACAGACGUCGUUUCAAAGCAUCAAUGAGUAGAUGGGAAGAAACACACACACACAACAACCAUUUGUUUACAUCGAUUUAGAAAUGUGGCUUAAAUUCGUUAGACGUAAUGAACUACAUCUCCCACAAUCCAUAGCAGAACGGGGCCUUUUUCCGGGUUCUUCGAACUUGCUAGUGAUCAACUGAAAGCAUAAGGUGGAUGUGUGUACCGUCGGUGAGCAGCGAUGCCCCUGGAGGUGAAAUGGCCGUUCCCACAGUGCCCGCAGCUGGCCUGGAAGGUGACCAGCACCCUGGUCAUGGGCGUGGUGGGCUCAUACAGCUACUUCUGGACCAAGUAUCUGAACUGUAUUACGGUUCAUAAUCAGGAUGUUCUAUUUGACCUGAUUGACCAACGCCCACCUGACACACCCCUCAUCACACUGUCCAAUCACCAGUCCUGCAUGGACGACCCACACCUCUGGGGAGUUCUGAGACUCAGACACCUCUGGAACUUCAACAAGAUGCGCUGGACUCCGGCUGCGUCGGACAUCUGUUUCACCAAAGAGUUACACUCCAGAUUCUUCAGCAGAGGGAAGUGUGUUCCCGUCUGCAGAGGUGAUGGGGUGUAUCAGAAAGGCAUGGACUUUGUUCUGGAGAAGCUGAAUGGAGGAGACUGGGUCCACAUCUUCCCUGAGGGGAAAGUCAACAUGACUGAGGAGUUUAUACGGUUGAAAUGGGGUGUGGGCCGUCUGAUAGCUGAGUGCUCCCUUAACCCUGUUAUUCUCCCUAUGUGGCAUGUAGGUAUGAGCGAUGUCUUGCCCAAUGAGAGACCCUACUUCCCUCGCACUGGACAGAGAAUCACUGUCCUGAUAGGGAAUCCAUUUACAGUCAAAGACCUUCUGGAGUCACUACGACAACAGCAGAAGAGCCAGAUGGAGAUGAGGAAGGCCCUGACUGAUUCCAUCCAGGAGGAGUUUCGUAGCCUGCGGACCAAGGCUGAGGUUCUCCACCAGCGGGUACAGACCACUACCUGAGCCCCAGGCUCCAGCCUGGCCUCCACACCUGGCCCCUACCCUAACCUCAGGGUACCAACUCAAUAUAGAGUGGACAAAGAGACUGACUGUAUACACACACACACACACACACACACACACACAAACAGUCAACUAUAUUCACACACACACACACCUGUGCCUCAUAGUGUGUGCAGUCCAACCUGCUGUCUGAUAAAUCAGUGGUCACCAAUGUGAUAAUUGCAAGGAGAAUCCUGCGAUGCCCCUCAAAAAUCAUUCAGUCAACAUACAGGCAACGUUGAGAAAAUAUUGUUCUUUGCUUCAUGUUUGAAACCAGUUCAAUGGGAAUGUCCAUAGUGCCAAUGUUGUGUUUAACAGGCAUUGUAUCAACCGUCCAGUUCCCUCACGUGCUAUGAAGUCACGUGACACUCACCUCUGUACCCACGGUAACAGCAGAACUAUGAGUAGUGGAGUGAAGUGUGGUUCUCACGGUAACAACGGAACUAUGAGAAGUAGAGAAGUGUGGUUCUCACGGUAACAGCGGAACUAUGAGAAGUAGAGAAGUGUGGUUCUCACGGUAACAGCGGAACUAUGAGAAGUAGAGAAGUGUGGUUCUCACGGUAACAGCGGAACUAUGAGAAGUAGAGAAGUGUGGUUCUCACGGUAACAGCAGAA